CAGCCCAGCCCUGGUUUUUGCAGUCAGAGGAAACAAAAAACAAAUCGUUUGAUUUUUUCGUGUUUAAAAAAUAAAUUAAAGCCAAAGUCACCAAUAUGUCUCUGGCAGACGAACUUUUAGCUGACCUCGAGGAGGAUGAGGAUCAUGACGAUGACUUGGAUGAAAUGGAGGAUGCGGAAAUGCCUGAGGAAGAUAUGAAAAACUUGGCCGAGAAGCUGUUGAAGCCGGCUCCAAGUCUCAUGGAUGUGGAUGUCAUCGCUGUGCAAUCAGUGCGGGAGCUCUGCAAGCUGCGUGACUCGGAGCGUCUUCAGUAUACACUGCAACAGAUCGAACAAUAUGCCAGUCGCCAGCGGAGCUCCACCGAAAUGCUGGGCACCGUCGAAUCUGAUCCAGAAUAUUGCCUCAUCGUGGAUGCCAAUGCUAUUGCUGUGGAUAUUGAUAAUGAGAUAUCGACCAUACACAAAUUUGCCAAGGAAAAGUACCAGAAGAGAUUUCCCGAAUUGGAUUCACUGAUCGUUGGCGAAAUCGAAUAUCUGUUGGCGGUCAAGGAGCUGGGCAACGAUUUGGGCCAAGUCAAGAGUAAUGAGAAAUUGCAGGCCAUAUUGACACAAGCCACCAUUAUGAUUGUCUCGGUGACAGCAUCCACUACACAGGGAACCAUGUUAACUCCUGCCGAGAAGGCCAAAAUAGAUGAGGCCUGCGAAAUGGCCAUCGAACUGAAUAAUUUCAAAUCGAAAAUAUAUGAAUAUGUGGAGAGUCGCAUGACAUUCAUUGCUCCCAAUCUCUCCAUGAUUGUGGGAGCCUCGACAGCAGCCAAAUUGCUAGGCAUAGCUGGCGGUCUAACCAAAUUAUCCAAAAUGCCAGCCUGUAAUGUUCAGGUUUUGGGUGCCCAGAAGAAAGUUCUUUCGGGUUUCUCGCAAACACAAAUGUUACCUCACACGGGUUAUGUUUAUUACUCACAAAUUGUACAGGACACAGCGCCAGAUUUGAGGCGAAAGGCGGCACGUUUAGUGGCCGCCAAAUCCGUGUUGGCUGCUCGUGUUGAUGCCUGUCACGAGAGUGCACAUGGAGAGAUUGGUUUGAAAUUCAAAGAGGAUAUCGAAAAGAAGUUGGACAAACUCCAGGAACCGCCCCCGGUGAAGUUUAUCAAACCUCUGCCCAAACCCAUUGAGGGUAGCAAGAAGAAACGUGGUGGAAAACGUGUACGCAAAAUGAAGGAGCGUUAUGCUCUAACUGAAUUCCGUAAACAGGCGAAUCGCAUGAACUUUGGUGAUAUCGAAGAGGAUGCAUAUCAAGGUGAUUUGGGUUAUUCUCGUGGCACCAUCGGCAAGACUGGCACUGGACGCAUACGUCUACCCCAAGUGGAUGAGAAGACCAAAGUGCGCAUCAGUAAAACCCUGCACAAGAAUUUGCAGAAGCAACAAGUCUAUGGUGGUAAUACGACAGUCAAACGUCAAAUUUCCGGCACAGCCUCCAGUGUGGCAUUCACACCGCUGCAGGGUCUGGAAAUUGUUAAUCCCCAAGCGGCUGAGAGAUCUGCCGCAGAGGCUAGUGCUAAAUAUUUCUCCAAUACCUCUGGCUUCCUCUCAGUAGGCAAGAGAACUACCUAAAAAAGGACGAAAAAAGUGUUGCAGUUUAUGUUUUUCUUAUAUAAAAAUGUAAGCACUUUUAUUUAGAGAUUAGUCGGAUUUGUAUAUGUUUUUUGGAAUAAGAAAGAGAUUGCAGUUGGUGAAGAAGUGAGA